GCUGGCCGUGGAACCCGGGCCCCUUCCGCGAGGGCCCGGCGGGAGCCGGGAGAAAGGUGCGAGGCGCCAGCGGUGGGCUUGGCCAGUGCCUGGGCCCUGCCGCCGCCGGGCUCCUAUUUGUUUUUAAUUUGAGGAUAAUGACAAUAUCCUGAUUUUCCUACCCAACACUUUGGCUUCUGAAGUGACAUUUAUCUAAAAACUGCUGCAUUGUUCCAGGUAAUUUUAACAAAACGUACAGAUUUGUCAGCAGAACUAGACUUAGAAAUGACAUGAGAGGAAGAACAAGAAAAAUCUGAUGGAGAAGAAAAUAACCAUUCACAGGUCAAAGCACAGAUUAAUGAUGUGAGCUACCUGAAUGACUGAACUCAGUCAUCUGAAAGUGCUUCCCAGGAUGGUGAUGUCUUCACUCUGAGAUUUCCACAUUGCAAGUAGAACCGCUUGGCUUGAGGUAUAAAGAUUGACCUUAAAGCAAGAAGAAGAGAAUAGAAGAAAUGCUGACAUGUUAUAUGAAAAAAUUAGGGAGCAGUUAAGAAGAAAGGAAGACCAAUAUAGUAAAGAAGCUGAAAUGAAACAGCAACUUGAACUCACUCUCACAGCACUAGAUGGAACUGAAGACUGAGAAAUGAUCUGAAUCAGGUUAUGGAAGUGUACCAUGACGCUCAGAAGCAGCUUUCUGGAGAACGGAAUGCCAGAAGCUUACAGGAGGGAAUCCUGGCCAAUCACCUUGCCAAAGAAAAGCAGAAAGAAAUGGCUGAUAAGGAAAUGAACUCUUAGCAUCGAAAGGAACGAAGGGGAAGAAGCAGGAGCAGCAAGAGAAAUGGCGCUUUGAAAGCUUGCAGAGAUUGCCUGGAAGAACUGGAAGAGGUCUGGGACCUGACUUCACUUCUGCAAAGACACCUGGGGAGGUUCCCUGACAAGGACAGCUUUCAUCAGAUCUCAUGGCAAGAUUCACCUGGUGAGGUUUGCAAAGCAGUGCCUGCUGGAGCCCACCCACCAUGCAGGGAAGAGGCGGCUCCCACCAUUUCCCCAGCUCCUCUGACCAAGCAGCCUCUACCCUGCACUUCUGCCAUUUCUCCAGGGUCAGUUUCCACUUACUCAGAGUCAUACCUGAGUGCCUCUCCAACACCAGAGCCUUUCUUUCCCCUGGACAGCCUUUCCCCCUGGCCACUGGCUGUUUCCCCUUCCCCACCAAGCCCGCCUCAUGGGAGAGCCUGCCCUCCACCUCCAGCACCCUGCUCUACCCCAACACCAUCAGGCUCCAUGCUGAGUCUCACUCAGGGUGACUCCACGACACGCACACUGGGUACCAUCCCACACAGGUCAUCUCCACACUCCCCCUGGAGACCAGCCAUCCCAGGGAUUGUCCAUUCAAGCAGCCCUGGAUCGGCCCUGGCCUGGUGGCAGGAAGCAGCCACAGCCUGGAGCUUCUCCACCUCAACACACUUAGAGUCCCAGAAAGAAAGCCUUCCCCUCUACCCACCAGAGGCCUCAUUCUGGGAAGAUCCCCGAAACGGGCAGGGAGAGGCUGGUGGCCUCGCUUUUAUCAACCCUAAUGUCCAGGAGCUACUGGAAAUACUAAUCACCAAAAGGGUGGAACUGAAGUCUUGGGAGGAGAAAGAAAAGGACAAGGAGGCAGGCUACCACCUGAAUUCUUUGGGGAAGAGGAUCGAGUCGCUGGGUCACAAACAGGACACCUUGGGUCACCAACACUUCGGGAACAUAACUGGCAAACAUGAUCAGCUGCUUGGUCCCGAGAAGCCCCAAUAUCCUGAUACUCUGGGGGGCUGUCUACAGAAGACAUGCAGCCAGCUCUUCUGGGGUCUCCCCUUUCUGCACAGUGAGUCUCUCAUAGCUGCUGUCACAGUACCUGGGUCAGCUCUAGAGUUAUGCCCUGUCUUAUUUAACGAACGCUCUAAAGCCAAACCAUUGCAUAUUCCAGCUAAAGUAACUUCACAACUGUCAUUGGCCAAGCACUUGACCCAACCUGUGGCCCAGGCUCAACCUCAGUCCUUGACUCCCACCAUGCCCCAGUUGCAGCCAUCACCUCUGGGUCACAUGGAGACCCAGGCCCAACCCCUACCCUUAACUCCAAUCAUGCCCCAAUGUCAACCAUCAUCUGAAGUUUCAUUGGAGACCCAGUCCAGCUCCCAAAUCGUGGCUUCAACCAUGCCUCACUCUCUACCACCAACUCGGGCUCACAUGGAAGCCCAGGCCCGACCCCAACUCUUGGUUCCAACCCUGCCUCACUUUCAGCCACCACCUCAGACUCACAUGGAGACCCAGGCCCGCCCCCAACCAUGGACUCCACUCACGCCCCAAUUUCAACCAUCACCUCGAGCUCACAUGGAGACACAGGUGCGAUCCCAACUCUUGGCUCAAACCAUGUCUCAUUUUCAACUACCACUUCGGGCUCACAUGAAGACCCAGGUUCCACCCCUAGUCCAGACUCCAUCCAUGUCCCAGUGUCAAUCACCACAACCUCAAGCUCACAUGGAGAUUCAGGACCAAUCCCUACCUUGGACUCCAAACAUGCCCCAGUUUCAACCACUUGUUCAGGCUCAUGUGGAGACCCAGGGCCGAUCCCUACCCUGGACUGCAACCAUGCCUCAAUGUCCACCAUCAUCUGAGAUUUCCAUGGAGGUCCAGGACCACCAACAACCCUCAGCUCCAACCAUGCCCCAGUUUCAACCACCUCCUCGGGCUCACGUGGAGAUCCAGGCCCAACCGAUACCCCUGGCUCUAAAUAUACCUCACUGUCAGCCAUCUUCUCGGGCUCAUAUGGAGAUCCAGGCCCAACCUCAAUUUUUAACUCCAGCCAUACCCCAAUAUCAUCCACAACCUCAGGCUCAGUUAGAAACCACUGUCCAUCUAUCACGCUCCCCCCUAGUCCAGUCAUCAUCUUCUCAACGCCAGAUUGGCAUUGAGAAGUCCUUUGAAACAUCUUGCACUACAGUCCCAAAUAAGGCAUCAUCUUUCAGUUCAAAUGCAAUUGAAAACCUGGAAUGUCACUUUUGGAAAAAACAACUAGAAAGCAGGAGAACUUUGCCCUCUUUGGUUAAAAAUUCUCAGCAAGUCUUUAUCCAGGUCACUCUCAACCCAUCCCAGGAGACCAGGUCUUCCCAGGCCCACAGCUCUGUCCCCAUCCUUCCUGGGCAUUUGAUCAGCCCUGAGGUUCGGAAGAAACUGGAGCACCACAUUUCCCAAAGGUUCAUGCAGCAACAGAGUGGCCUGCCCUGCAGAAUCCAAGCAUCUCAGAAACUGAUGCAGCCCCAGGAUCAAUACCCAAGGCCAUGCCAGGCACAGGGCAGGGAGGGGCCCUCAAGAUCUUCUGCAGGUCGAGGCAAAAUGAGCCAGGAUGUACAAAAGAUGAGGUCCAAGUGCCCAGCACAAAUCCUACCAGGGACAGACCUGUGCCAUGAGGUGGGGCAGAGUGUGGGGAAGAUCGUAAAAGAUCUGUACAUGUUCCCAGCCAACCCUCCAGUGAAGGACCCAAGAGCAAAACCUGCAUCAGAAAUAGAGUUGAGCCUAGACAGGAAGCAACCAGAAGUCUCAGGAGUCCUUACAGAGAGGAAGGCAGAGCAGAUCUGUGAGAGUGAGAUCCCUGUGAAUGUCUGUCACUUGAGGCUUGUGGACAACCUUGCUUUAGGCACUCUGGGAGAGACAAAUGCUCCCAUGAAGACAGAAAGUACACAGUCCUCUCAGGAUGGGAAAGCCUCCAUGAUCACCUCCCAUGAGUCUCUUGUCCUCAGCCCGUAUACUGAGCAGGAGUUGGAAGCACAUAUAAUAAGGUUUCGGGUGAGGCACAGGUGGAGCCUAUUCUUCAAAGUCCUUAAGUUCAUAUUUCGCUUGAAGUUGAAAAAGGUUCAAGUGCCCACAUUGAAGGUCACCUGUGAAUCUGGAUACCAGUCAACUGCCCUAUUAACCAAGGGCUUGGGGAAACCUCCUCAGCCCCAUGCAGGUGAGAAACUGAAAACAACGGAGGCAGUUCCCCCACUGGAGAGGCCCCUCCCUGUCCCCUCACAGGUGACUGAGGAAGCCCGGGGGGCUCUGGGAGGACGCACACCUGGGGACACCCAUAAGCCCCCAGAGGCCCCUCUGACUGGACAGGAAGACAAGCCACCUCCUCAGGCCCCCACAUACAGCUUUGUGGGCAGAAUGUGGCACAGCAUGUCUGUAGUGGAGGCUGACAAAGGCAGCCUGGAGCCAAGUCCAAGUUCAGCCAUGGCCAGGAAUGAGCCACAGAAGGAAACCAGGGGGCAGGCCUCCCCAGCAUCUUGCUCUAAUGUGAUAGUUGUGGACCUUGAUGAAUGCUCCCCAUCUUCCAGGGCGCAAGAGGUCGUGGAGGGAGACUCUGCUGGGAAGGGCACCAGGGAACCUAGCGUGCAGGUCAAAUACCUAGACAUCAAUAUCGAUCUCGGGAGAUCACGGUCUCCAAGGUCCAGUGAAAGCCCCUCACUGAACACCACAUCUGCUGCCUCAAAUACAGAAGAUCUACUCUUUGAGACACAAUCUCGUAAGCUUGAGUCUCAAGGGUUCGCUGACCAGCAGGCUCAGGCUCAGGGCCGAGCUACCAGCGUGCUCCUUCAAGACUGUGAAACUGGAGUACUCCUUCAAGACUGUGCCACCGAUGUGCUUCUCAAAGACUGUCACUCGAAUAUGUUUCUUGCCGCAAACAUCUUGGCUUCUCAGGAAUCUCUGUCCUCUUUUCAGAUCUUAUCCAGUGGAGACAAGUGCAAUUCCCAAAAACUCUAUGAUGCUACCUCAAGUGAAGGGAGCAGCCAGGGGCAGCAGGUGGACAUGAGGCGACAGCUGAAAUAUAAGAGCCAUUGCAAGGAGUCUGUUCCCAAGGAUGGGAGAGAGAAAUAUACAAGGCCCAAAUUAAGACAGAUUAAAAAGGGGCUGGCAGAAUGGAGCGUUUACCAAGCCCAGGGGAUGAGUCAUCCUGGCCAGAAAAAAGAAACAACAGAGUCCCUAAGAAGCAAGUUUCAGCAGUUAGUCCUAAAGAAGAGACAGGUUCCAUCAGAAAGCUUCAAAGAUAGGAUUAAGCUCCUUCUGCAGUGGAUUUUCCCCAGUAAAGGCAGAGACCCAGAAGAGCCCUUGCAAAAAGGCAGGCCUGAAAUAGCCACUGUCCAGAGCCAAGAAUCAAUCAAGAGCAAAUCGACCAUGGACAGCAGGGCGGUUGAGGCUCAGACUCUCAUGACAGCUGUUGGGCAGAUCCUAAAGGAGAGGAUGGUGUUUCACCAGGGACCUCACGCCACGGAGUUAAACUGGUACCAAGCAGAAUUCCAGGGCCCCCGAGGUCCACAUUACUGCCACCACAGAAUCCUGUCUUACCAAGAGGAAAGGAGAAUGAGGAGAGAUACACCCCGUUAUCACCAAGCCACCCCAACGGGCCAUAGCUUUUCAAAAAAGUGGACCAGUCCCAGGGACAGCAAGUGGGCCUUCUCACCCAGGGAGCCAGGUCCCCCUCCAGGCAUAGUCUGCCAGCAUGGCUCACGAGUGACACGGGUCCCAGGCCAUUCCCUCCACUGUCCAAGGCAUGGUCUCCCUCAGAAAUUUACUGGUGAAUCCGAACAUGCUUUUCACAGCAUUCCGGGUAGGAAAACUCUCCUCCAAGAAAAAAAUGCAUGCCAUGCAGAUAAAUACAUUUUUCUCCAAUGUUAGCACAUCCUCGGUGUGCUAAAGGCUUCUUCCUACCAGAAAUUUUGUUUCAUGAAAUAAAUGUUUUUUUCCCAUGAGCAGGGGUAGUGGCCUGUCGGUGCCUCACUGAGGGAGAUGGAAGGCAUCGGGGUCCACGCUUUCCAGGUGCCUGCUUUGACUUCCAGACGGGUUGGGGCCAUGGAGGGAGGGUGACCCCAGCAUAGAUACUCACCCUCACCCCAGUUCCGUAACUGCGCCUUCAGUUUCCAUAAUACCAGCAUUAGAGAAACAAGCAACAGCGUUUAGGACAUGUCACAGUGAACUAAAGCUAAAGACCUCCCCCUUCUCAGGAUCUUUCUCAGUUCUAUCCUACUGUCUCUCCACCUGGACGUUGUACAGCUGGUAGGGGAGGUGUGUUUAGAAGCUGAAAUUCCCCUCAGGCUCAAGAAGUGUCAGGGACAAACUCCCAUGUCAGAAUAAGGAGGGGAGUCCAGAGGUGGGACAAGCCUCACCCCCGAGUCACAGCGGGGUAGAUGCUGCUGCCCUGAAAGCCCCUUUCUCUCCCAGAUGUGGCUGGGACAAGAUAGGCGAGGUUCAUCACUCUCCCCCUGCCUUUCUCCUGCUCUGAAGCAGCAGCAAGAAUGAGGACCACACACUCUGAGAGGACCCCGCUCUGAGAGUGUGCGGUGCAGAGCAUGCAAGCCUCCGAGGGCUGGUCCCACCCAGCCCUGGAGGAGAGGACAGCCAUGCUUACAGAGCCCACCUCCCCCUGUGAAUGAGCAUGGUCAUGACUGUGUGUGGAGGCACCUCACGGUCUGAGAGCAGGAUGCUGUGCCCCUGGGAUGGGAUGCAGAGGAAGGAUGUUAGUGGCAGGGGAGCCCAUAGAUGGUGCAUUUACCAAGGAGCAUUGGUGUCCCACCACCGUCCACAGGGCCAGAGGAAAGAAGUGAGGGGCCGGGUGGCUCAUGCUGGCAUCACUCCAGAACCUCCCCUCUACUGUACUUCCCCGGACCUGUCUGAGGGAGGCCACCUGGAGGCCCUCAACAGAGGGCCAAGCUCCCAGAGGCAACAGAAGCUCAAGCAGAGAAGCUUCACUUUUCCCCACUGUAGCAAUCAGCUUUUACAGGACUGGGUACUCAGGACAGACUCACAGUCCGUGACCUCUACCUACAUGUGUGGCCCAAGGGGGCUCCCAGGGUACAGGUAGGACUCAACAGGCCCAGGGACUGUUCAGGAGUCACAGCAGGUCUCACCUGAACUCAGUCUUACUCACUCCAGAGGCCGGGGUGGAAGACACCAGCAGCCAGGAUGUGUCACCCAGCAUGCAUGGAAGGGACCUGCAGAAAAUGAACACGCCAUCAGCUUUCCUCCUUGGGCUCAUCCAAGCUGGAAAGCGGGGAGACGAGCAUUUCUCCAGAGAGAUUCGGGGCUCUAUGUCACAGACACUGCCCUGGUGCACAGUCCGCCUCCAGAAGGGGGCCUCUGAUCCAGGAGCUGGCAGGAACGGGCUUGCCUCCAUGCCUGUCAGGGCCCCCACAUGUGGGACCAGGCCCGGGGCUAUGGGGGCAGUGGGCACAGGCCUACUUGUGCUGUGGUUCCUCCCUGGAGACUAGUCUUGACUCUGCACCGCAUCCCCUACGGUGGGCACAGCGGUGGGGGCUCAGCCAGGGUCUGAGGGGAGGCGUUGUGUCCUAGAUCAUCGAGUGACCUCGAGAGUUCAGGAGAGGGGAGCACAGAGCUUGGAUCCUGAGCCUGGCUGCUGCCAGGGCCUCUCAGAGGCACCAAGAGGUGAGCGCUGAGUUGGGGGAUCUGGAACUCAGGUUCCCGUCUGGAGACAUGACGCAGAAGGGACACUGACAGAACAGCAAGAAACCUGACCUGAAGAGUCCCUUCCUUCUCGUGCCGUGAGGUGCAAAGAGGACAGCAAGGGAAGGGCCCGUGAAGAGUGGGUGAGACCCACAGUCACCCCAGAGAGGGACCCCACAUUUACACACAGUGACCCAGCACAGGGCCCCCAAUCACCCCACAGAGACCUUCACAGAACCACACUCACCCCAGAGAGGGACCCCCCAUACACCCACACUGAUCCAGCACAGGGCCCCCAAUAACCCCACAGAGACCUCGACAGACCCACACUCAGCCCAGAGAGGGACCCCCCCAUACACCCUCUAGGAUUUCAGGAGUUUUGUAUGGGGCCAUCUAUAUAUAUUUUGCUGUGUAGGGGGCAUGUCUGUGGCUAUUUUUAGGGGCUGGUAGAUGUUGUCUAUUCUUGUGUUUAUAUGUUUCUGUAUUCUACAUGAUGGGAGAAUUAAUUCUGUGUGAGAAUUUGGGAAUGUGGCAUAAGCAUAUGCAGGUAGUGUGGUAUGUAUUUGAAACAGAGUAUAUGUAUAUAGUCAUAUCUUUGCAUAUUUGCAAGGUAGUGGGUAAUUGUGGUUAUAUUUGGGGCUUAUGGAGAGUUGUGUGUAUAAUGAGCUUGUGUGUGUAUUCAAUGGGAAUGGCCAUUUGGAGGAAUAUUUGCUAGUGCUUUGAUUUCUAUUUUUCAGUAGGGGCCACCUAGGCUUACAUAUUUUGAGAAGUUAUUAUGUGUAUAUCUGAUGAGAAGGUGAGAUUUCAGGUUUAUACCGGGGAGUUGGUAAACUUCAUUUAUAUAUAUUAGAAAUAGGUGAAGUGAUUAUUUGUUAAUAUAUGCAGAUGUAUGAGCUGGCUUCUACUAGCUAGGGAUCAUUUGGUAUAUGGAAGUUUUUUCAUAAGUGGUUUCCUGGAGAUAUUUCUAUCUGUCUUACUUGUGUAUACUGAUUUGUAUGUGUCCAUCAUUAGGUGCAUGAAUUAUGAAAGUGCUCAUAAUGUAUGGAGUCCUGGGCGUAUUUAAAUGUAUUUCUUUGAAGACUGUUAGGGUGUUUAUACCUGUGUGUGGUAGUAGGUAAUAUAUUUGUAUAUUCAGGGUGAGGAUUGAUAUACAUAUAUAGUGUCCUUCUCUUUAUAUGUUGGGAGAGAGGUGAGGAGGUUGUAUUCUGGAGAGAUAGCAUAAUGGACCUCCAGUAUUCUUGCCUGGAGAAUCCCCAUGGACAGAGGAGCCUGGUGGGCUAUAGUCCAUGG